GGUUAAUUGGGCCAGAUAGCCCACCACAUAGCCGGCCGAAGCGAGGGAGCAUUCGCUGAUCCAAAAAGCAGCGAACCAAUCAGUCGUAGGCGAUUCGAGUGCUUGCUAACCCUAACCAACGCCAGCGGCGACGGCGGCGGCAGCGAGCCGAAACGUCUUGGAAGCGGGGCGGCGUGCCAUCGGUGUCGAUCUCCACUUGCAUGGAUUCGAAGCGCGGCAGCGUGGUUGUGGACGAGGGGCGCGACGUCCAUGGCGCUCAAGCUUUGGCGACCAUGCUGGUACCAAUUUUGGGUGUUUGAAUUUGUUAUACUGACCGAACUGUACUGUGCUGGUAGCCAUGGCGUAGUGAGUCAAGAAGCCUCAUGUUCCUCCGCAUUCCAGGAACAACCCAACUUACUCCGCAACGACGACCACCAUGCAUUUUUACCAACUGUCAAACCAUCUUAUCUCAUCCUAGAAAAACAUACUGUGUAGAGUAGGUGCUCGCUACAGUUGUCUAUCCGGGCCUCCGGCCACCAAAUUCGAACCAUAAACAUAUGUUUUGUCCAAUAGUAGGUGCAGAUGCUAGGGGCUAGGCGUCGAUACCUCCGGUCUCAUGGCACUCCAUGCAAAGCCAAGGCAGGUGACACUCCUUGCAAUUGUUUGUAUGCUUGCAUUGGAAUAAAUGGCCAUGUGAUUUCUGCUGCAUGGCGAUGCUAUUUUAACAAAGUAUUGUUCAGUUUGCAGUAACAAGUUGGUACCCUCUUAUCCUCUACAGGUACUACAUCGGUUAAGCAACAUAUCUUGUCUUUCCUAGACAUCAGCAUUAUUUUGCUAACAUAAUACAGAUCUUAAGUUAAAUCAAUUGAUAAUGUUCUUCUUCUGACCGAAGAAAAUCAUUUUUAGAUAGUUAGUGGCAGGGGCAGUUGGUCAGAUAUAAAGCCUUCUGGUAAACCAGGCGGAUUUAAUGGUCUAAGUAGCUACUGAUUUGCUAACGGGUCACUGCUUUGCAAGAUAAAACUGGCCCAUCUUCGUCCCCCACAUAGCUGACUUGUGCUGCAAAGACUGGAUUCCCUCAAAGGAAAAAAAAAAUUGAGACUGAUGGUGGCAGAAUGACGAAGAAGCUUGGUCAUCUCUCUUCUGUUACUAUUGCUGGCAUUAGGCCUCGAGCGUCAGGAUCAUGAGUAGGGUGUGGAGGCUGUCGGGCUGCAGUCCCAUGGAGUUCUAUGCCUCCAUAUAUAGGAAGUGGAUAUAGUUGAAGCGCCAUAUCCAAUUCAUCGACCUCGCCAUGAUGAGGGAGAAGGUGGUGACCAAUAGGAGAUAUUCGAGCUCAGGAGUAACAUGGCACAAAGGGAUGUUGGUUGAUAAGAUUCAUCCACAUACCAUGUCAAUAUUCUUGGACAAGUGCCCAAGAGUUCCAAUGUAGCCAUCUGCAGAAAAUGCAUGCUGGACUGCUCAGAACAUACUAAAGAGGAAACAGUGACAACAACUCAGUGGUUGAACAUCAUGUACUAAAUUUUGGCCAAUAAAAAUUUAGAAGGAAGCUAGAGCCGUAUUGCAUUGGUCUCCGAACCAUCUAAGCGGCGAUCUCGACCUCUCCUGGCCCGCCACCCCUCUGGUGCUGGACGAAGACAACGAGGUCCCUGCUCCCGUGGUGCCGCUGCCUUCUCCUCCGCCCGUCGCCACCCCUAUGGUGGCCUCCCCCGCCCGCCGCCGGAGCGCCCGCCUUGCCGGGAUCGAGCCUUCGGAGUACGUCUCCAUCAUCCAGAAGGCCACUCAGCGCAUGCGUGUCUUGAAGGAAGGAAAGAUUUUUGCUGGUGGAAAGGCGCUCCUCCCAGUUCAGCUCAUCGACUUGGCGCCCGAGGUCUCCUCGCCCCUCCCUCGGCAGGACGUGCUGGAGCUUGCCGCUGCCUGUGACGUGCCUGCCUCGGCUCUCCUUGAUGACACCGCAUGUGUCUAAUGUUGCGUCUUCAACUGUCAGCCCCGGAUCCCCUCGCGGUCCUUCUCUGCCAUCGCGCUUUGGCUUGUAUCAGUCUGUCGUCUGUAUCCCGUUUUAGUCCUACCUUUGCUCCGACCAUAGGUCUUAGCUCUUCUGAGCUUGGUCGCAGCCUCUUUCCUUUGCUACUUUCACGUCUAGUUGCAGCUGUGGGUCUCAACCCGGCUGUACUUGGCCUAGACUUGCUCCAUGUAUCUGUUUGUAGGUGGCCCUGUCCGGCCAUGUUUCGUUAUGUUUUCGUUGCCCUUUAUAGCUUCCAUGAAUCUUAAAACUCGUUUCAUCUCUUGGAAUGUUCGUGGUCUCGGUAGAAACAAAAAAUGUACUGACGUCAAAGCUGCUCUCUUCGGCCUCGACCCCUCUUUUAUUUGCUUGCAAGAAACAAAGCUUGAUGAUAUCUCUACUUUCAAAGCCAGCUCCUUCUUACCCACUAGGUUGAAAUCAUUCCAUUUCUUGCCUUCAAAUGGUUCUGCUGGAGGAAUACUAACAGCUUGGAACGAUCAAGACUACUCCUGCACUUCUGUCACUGCUCUUAAGUUCUCCUUAACCUUACACUUCUCGGCCAGAGCUAGCAACGAUGAUUUCUCUAUCUCUAACAUUUAUGGUCCUUGCGUCAGCCUUGAGAAGCAAGCGUUUGUUGACGAACUUCUUCUCUUAGGCUCCUUUGUAACCGGCCCCUGGGCUCUUUUAGGCGAUUUCAACUUUACUCUAAAGCCAAACGAGCGCUCGAAUGACAACUUUAACCAUUUCGAAGCCUUGCUCUUCUCGUCUAGCUUAAACCGUCUUAAUCUUCAGGAGCUUCCCCUUCUCGAUAGGCUAUUUACUUGGUCUAACCAACAAGACUCCCCGACUUUGGUGCGCUUGGAUAGGGCUUUUGUCAACACAGCUUGGAGUUUCCUCCUCCCGGACUCCACACUCACGUCCGCUUGCCGGUCAACUUCUGAUCAUGUGCUGCUUGUUCUCAUUGCUGCGUCCAAAGUUCCCACGCCUUCGAUCUUUCGGUUCAACAACGACCUUCUGCACUUACAACCUUUCAUGAACAUCAUUUUGCAAAAUUGGAAUAGUGUUGUCCCAUCUACCCACUUGGGCCACUUAUGUCUCAAACUUAAGAGAGUGCGCGCAGCUGCUAAGGCCUGGGCCAAGCAAGCUAGAUCUCCUCUUGUGAUCACUAAAAACUGCCACACGGUCAUCACCUUCCUAGACAAAAUAGAAGAAUUCCGCUCGCUCUCCUCCUUAGAAUGCUCUCUUCGCACGCAGGUUUCUCUGUCCCUUCACCGGCACAACGCCCUAGCUGCUGUUUACUGGCGGCAACGGGCUAAAAAUCAAGGACUGUGUGCUCGGUGAUGAGAACACGGACUACUUCCACCUUUGCUCUACGACCAGGCUGCGUAAAAACCAAAUUAAAUCCCUCAACAUAGAUGGUAGCGAGGUCUCUUCCCACUCCGGCAAGCAUCGUGCUCUUCGUGACUACUUUAAACUUGUCAUUGGUACCCCUAUAGCCUGUUCUAUUCCUCCCAAUCUAAACGAGCUAGUAUCUGGUUCUCGUCUAAGACCCUCUCAGUCUCUCGAUUUGACUCGCCCCUUCUCUCUCGAGGAGAUUAAAACGGCUCUCUUCGACAUGAACGAUAAUGCUAGCCCCGGACCAGACGGUUUUGGGCCAGCUUUCUACAAGGCCAAUUGGGACCUAGUUAAAAACGACCUUCUAUCCCUUCUCAACAGUUUCUACUCCUGCUCUGUAGAUCUUAGGCGUAUCAACAAAGCUUACAUUGUUCUCAUCCCCAAAAAACCUGGCACAACUGACCCUGACCAGAUGCGUCCGGUUUCCCUUCAAAACUGCUCGGUCAAACUUUGCUCCAAGUGCCUUUCUAUUAGAGUUCAGCCGGUUAUUUGUGAUCUUGUCCAUGCGGAUCAAUCCGGCUUUAUCAAAGGACGGUGUAUCUCGGAAAACUUCAUUCUCGCAGCUGAUAUUGUGCAAGCUUGCCACAAAAGAAAAUGCCCGGCCUUAGUCUUAAAAUUGGAUUUUAGGAAAGCCUUUGACUCUGUCUCUUGGGAGAGUCUUUAUCGUAUCCUUCAAGCCAAAGGCUUUUCAGAAACUUGGAUUCGUUGGAUUAUGAUGCUGAACGACUCUGGCCAAUCGGCUAUUCUUCUUAACGGCGUUCCCGGGAACUGGAUUCAAUGUAAAAAUGGUCUCAGACAAGGCGACCCCAUUUCACCUUACCUCUUCAUCAUUAUUGCCGAUAUCCUCCAACGCAUGAUCCUAGAGGCCUCAGCUUAGGGGCUGCUGCAGCACCCAAUUGUUCCCAACUCGCCAUGUCCUGUUCUUCAAUACCCGGAUGACACUCUAAUUAUCAUAAAGGCAGAUGAAUAUAACCUUGCCUCCCUAAAAUCUAUCCUUCUCAAUUUCUCCCUCGCCACGGGUCUCCACAUCAAUUUUGCUAAAAGCACUUUUGCUCCAAUCCAUGUUGACCCUUCUGUGGCCGCUCGCAUGGCAAGUAUGUUGGGUUGCUCGGUCGCUACUUUCCCGCAAAACUAUCUUGGUCUCCCUUUGUCUACCCACAAACUUCGUCUAAUAGAUUUCCACCCGUUAAUUGCUAAGGUUGACAAAAGGUUAGCUGGUUGGCGAGGACACCUUCUCUCUGCAGCCGGUAGGGCAGUUCUUGUCAACUCUGUAAUUCGAGCUCUUCCCACCUAUGCUAUGAGCGUUAUGCUGCUUCCUGUUGGUUCUAUUCAGGCGAUGACCACGUGAAUGGGGGUCAAUGCAAAGUUGCUUGGGCAGACGUCUGUGCCCCCACUAAGAAGGGCGGCCUGGGCUUUAGAUGCCUUUGUACUCAUAAUAUUUGCCUGCUUCUAAAAUCCCUCAGUAAAAUACAUGUAACGCCCACGAUGCGGCUAUAUCUCCCACGUGUCGAGGCACGACUUAGAGGCAUAACCGCAUUGUGGUUUUGUCGCAAGAAGGGUCAUCUUCACACAAUCCCAUGUAAUGAACAAGAACGGGAUAAAGAGUUGGCUUACAAUCGCCACUUCACACAAUACAGAAAUAUAAUUCAUACAUCAUC